UGCUUCGUUCGCUUCAGUCUAAGUUGAAUAACACAGUGAAUCAGUUCAUUAAGUGUGUUUCACGGAUCGUAACGCUCGCAACCCAGCACAUUUGGCACAUCUUUAAGUCAAGACAGCCUCAGUCAAAUCGAUUCUCGAACGAAACGAAUCACCCACAAAUCGAUUAAAUAAUAUUAUUGAAUCAAAUCAAUCGACCAUAAAUUGAUAUGUUCAUUGUCAUCGCUGCAAAAAUUAAGUUGUGCUUCAAUUAUUUGAAUUAAUUCGAUUCUUUUUUCCUGUUCGAUUAAAUUGAAACACAAAUAUUCGAAACAUCUGUAGAUCGCGCAAAGAAAAAGUGAAAAGCGAAAGAGAUCAGAUCGGAACGCGUAUGGAAUGUCUUGUCUUGUUUUUUGUUUACAACUCACAGUUAUUAGCAGUGUUUUAUUUAAUCUGAAUGGACAAUGUUAAUAACAUUUUUGACGAAUACAACGAACAUCACACGAGCGAUUUAGUGCAAAAAUAGGUCAAAAACAAUAAACAAAAAAUCACAAAAAAAAAUUCUUUCAUAAAUAUACAAAGGCGCCACCGAAAUUAAAUUGUAAAUAAAAAUUUCAUGCAAAAUUGAUAACGAAACAGAAAGAAUCGAAGUUAAAAAGAAUAAAUAAAUAUGAAUAUUAUUUGUCCGGUGACUGAACACAUUUUAUGAAUAGAUACCGUGUGUGUGUUCUUAAAGUGAAUAGAUAAACACUGAAAGUUCAACUUAAAUACAGUUUUUACUGAAUUUUUUUUCUUCUGCAAAUCGAUUCAAAGAAACGAUAGAUAAUAGAUAGAAACAGCAGAAGAAGUAGAAGAAAAAGUCGAGUGAACCGAAGAGAUUUCUCGAUUAAAUUAAGAAAGUUGUAUUGCACCCGUGUUACCGAAUUUGGACAGAUUGCAACAGUUGCUGGAACUGACAAUGAAAAGACUGCAUCGUAGCGAUUCCUUCGAUAAAAACUAAUCGAAUACAGCAGACGUCCACAGACAUUUGUGAGCACCAACAAUUAGAACUACGAACAAGCAGAAGAAAAGAAAGAAGGGAGAAAAAGAUGGCUCGACGCCACUUGUCGCUGUAUUUAAAAAUAUUCGCACAUCAUUUCAUCGGAAAUGUGAGAGCGAGUUUCUUCGUCAUUCUCAUUCUGUCACAAUUUUUUCUGGAAAAUGGGCGAUAUUGUGUCACAGCCAUUUCACAUCGAUCCUCAUCGUCGACGACGAAAGCGGAAAAAUUCGGCGCCUACAUGGAACGGCAGCCAGAAAGUACAGUUGCUCCACUAUAUGACGAAGUGUUAUUUGAAUGCGGUUUGAACUUGGAUUCGGAUCGCAUCGAAUGGCGGUUUCGGCCACAAAAACAACGUUUCAACAGUGUUAAUAAUCACAGCGAAUUUAUCUACCUGAAUAGAAUGGAUGGAUACAAUAUAACGACCGAAGAUAGCAUAUCAAAAUUGCGAAUUUAUGUGAAUCAAUAUUCGGCGGGCGAGUAUCAGUGUUUGGCAUGGUUGGGAGCCAGUGCACUCGCCUCCAUUCCAGCCAAACUACUUUUGGCAAAUAUCAGCGUUGACACAUCGGUAAAUGCACGCGUGCUACACUGGAGAGUGCCGCCCGGCAAUAGCAUACUAAUCAACUGUGGAGAAGUGAAAUCCAACCCGCAACCCAUUUGGAAUUUUUACAAAGAUGAUCAACCGCUGUCAAACACUAAUCCACAAUUGUCAACGGGAGCUCUUAUGUUGCAGUCGGUCACGCAUUUGGAUUCGGGCACGUAUUGGUGCAAAGCUGUGAAUACAAUAACCGGUGUCGAAGUGAAAUCAUUGCAAAAAACCAGUGUGACUGUUGAACACACGCCGAGAGGACCACCCACACUUUUGUACAGCUCAUCGGAUCAUGUGAUCGUUAAGCCUGGUGCAACGGCAAUUCUAGAAUGUCCAGGCAUUGGUUAUCCAGUGCCAAAAACGAGUUGGACGCGACCAGGAACGGUGAUUUCAAAUAAUCGAACAUCUGUGUUUGGCACCGGAUUGCAAAUCCUAAACGCACGGCCCGAAGAUCGCGGAGAGUACAUUUGCCAAUUGGACAAUGGCAUCAUACCAGCGAAAACGUUGAAAAUUCGAUUAGAUGUUUUGGAAGCGCCAAAAAUAGAACGAGGCCCAAUCGACACGCUUACCGACGAAGGUGAACGACUUGAAUUGGAAUGUAUCGCGACAGGUUUUCCCAUCCCAACGAUUUAUUGGCUCAUCAACGGUGUCGAUACGCGCAUGGAUCCAACAAUUCGUGCCACUGGUAGCCGACUCAUCAUUGACGGUCUGCAGAAGAAACACGCCGGCAUUGUGCAAUGCUUUGCACGAAACGAAGAGAGUGAAGUUUGCGAAAGUAAACUGCUUCAAGUGAAGCCAAAAACCAUUUCCGGUGAUAUGAUGGGCACACAGCCACUCGGCACAAUUCCAAAUUUUUCCAAGUCGAAUCGUGAACGGAACAGCAAACCGGGCAAGGGUAAAAAGAAGCACAAGCAUACGAUUAUGGUGCCACCAACACGACCGAAUGUGACUCGUUUGGCUGAUGAUAAGGUGAUGGUGCGUUGGUCGGUGCCACCACAUGACGAAGGUUUACCCAUUCUUUUCUUCAAAGUGCAGUAUCGUUUGCUUGGCAGCACAACAAAGCCUACUAAACGUUCACAAUGGAUGACGGCCGAUGUUGAUAUCGCACCAAAUACAUUUAUGUACGAAGUCGAUGGACUGAAAGCCUCGAAUUGGUAUCGAUUCCGCAUUGCAGCGGUGUACUCAAACAAUGACAAUCAACUGAGCAAUGCAUCGCGAAACUUCCUGCUGAGAAGCAUAGAGCAAAUUGAUGAGAGGAACAGACAGUUGCCAGCACCGAAUCUUACACGAGUCGAACCGAUCUCUGAAACGUCAGUCGUGCUGCACUGGACACUGGCCGAACACAAUCAGAUCGAUUUUGAUGGUUUCUACGCUUACUUCCGACCGGCUUCGACUGCUGGCGAAUAUAUGAAGGCAACGAUUGAUGGCAUGGAAAAGCGUAGCUUCCAAAUUGAUGACUUGGAAUCAGGAACCGCAUAUGAAUUUAAAUUGCAAAGCUUUACUUCGUCAGCUGCAUCCGAUUUUAUGGCAAUCAUCACUGGAAAAACACUGAAACCGUCAACUCCAUCACCGAUCGAUCCGAGUGUCAUAACUACCAGCAAGAGUACGACCAAACCACCAAAACCAUACGUUUUACUGGUGGCUGGUUUGGUAGGAGCCGGAUUCAUUUUGCUUAUCACAUUCAUUUUCCUGUGCUUCUUCAUGAAACGACGAAAGAAAUCUGGUUUGCAUGAUGCAAAUGAAAAUAAAUCACAUCCGGACCACAUACAAGCCGAAGCAAAUGGAUUCCCCGUUGGAAAUGUCGGAAGCAAUGGACGCAUCAAUUCGCCGGUGCAUAAAAAUCGAUUGAAUGGCGUUGUGCCGCGUAUGAAUAUGAAUAUCACGCCGAAUCCUUUAGCCGAUGGCGAUAAGGUAUUUAGACCAUAUGAAAACAUACCUGUAGCCAGAUCGUACUAUUUUAACCGAACUAGCAAUUAUUAAUCAAACUAAUUUCGGAAUGAACGAUUCAUGAAUUAUUUAUGCUCAAUCAACUCAAUCGAAGCAAUGGUUUAAAUAAGUUUACUCGAACCGAUGAUACAACAGAAGUACAGAAGUGUUAAGCGCUGUCAUUUUUAUUUACGUGGUAAAAUGUGUUUGAACGAUCGCUAUUGAGCUCUUGUGCUUAAAUGCUGUUAAGCGCAGGUGUUAUUCUAGCAUCGAAAUUUAAGUAUACCAUUGAUUCAAAACCGAUAUUUUGCUCAAGUGUAGAUGUAGUGUAGGUGCCGCACAAUAAUUACAAAUCUAAAUGUCACUUCCGUCCCAACAACAACAAAAAAUACCUCAAAAAUCCCACUAAAAAACGACCAAGAAAAAUUAAAACGCAUAACAAAAAAAAACUAAUUUGUACUCAGUCGAUUAAUACAUAUGACAAUAAGUAGUGCAUGAAAUCAAACAACGAACUCCUAUCCAAUCCUAUCCCACCCACACACAAAAAAUCCCAUCCAAAAACGAAAUCGAUCCUUGUCUUUGUGGCUAUAAGUAGACUUCGUUGUACGACUUUGAAGAAUUUCUUCUAGCGUGACUCUUCUAGAAUAAUCGCACCGUGAUGGAGCUGCGCUUUCUGCCGACCUCGCUGACGCCCGGAGCACCAACCAUUACGGACAACCACCAUCAGCACACGCACAUCCAGAACAACAACUGUGAACCAUCGCCCGGUACCGAGCAAUACAAUCGCCGUAAUCAAGCAAAUCGACUGCCACCGCCACCAUCGUCACAACCGCAACCAUUCAACGGUACGCUGAUCAAUGGCCUGCCAACCAUUCAGAACAUUGGUUCGACCACUGAAAUCGGCAUACCACAAGUGACCGAUUUAAAUAAUCGCAUUCCAACUUCGUUGCGUCGCACACCGCGCCGAACCAAUGGCGUACCAAACGGUCCUCCCGUGCCACAAAGCCCUCGAUUCAUGCGCAGUGGCAUCAGCAAUGACAUUUUACAUCACAAUCGUUCACCGAUUCCAAGCCGCGUUGCGGCGGCCGUUGCAUCCAGCAAACGGCACCGUCUCGGCGGCCGUAACAAUGAAAACAUUUCAUGUGGCAGCCUAAACAGUAUUGAGGUGUAGCUCAACAGUCAACGUCUACAUUGUUUUUAACACUGAAUUCAUAGAGGAAAAAACACAUGAGAGAAUUUAACGACUGUCAAUUACACACACACACAUGCACAACGUAAUUUAUUUGUAGAAUUUCUUAUUUAAGGAGAAAACAAAUGGCACCAUGAAAAUCAAAAUUCAUUUAUGAUUAAACCAAUAAGACAUUACAAUACACAAUUAUUUAUAAAAUCUUUGUGAUAUCAAUUCGGUGGGUGAAAUAAACCACUUAAAACAAAUGCGCAAAUUGUUUGUGAAUUAAGACAUCCAGCAUAGAAUUUAAGAUUGAAUAGAAGAAAAAUAAGCUAAAUUUGACUUUACAAUACAGCUAUUCCUAAUGAAAUGAGGAUAAUUUUUCGACACGAAUUGAAUACAGGAAGUUCAUUCAUUCAAGCUGUUAUUUUAUUUGUAUAACCUUGAUGACCAUUAAGGGCAGAAACAAAUAAAUCGAACAGUUUUCUAUUCUCUUAGAUACACAGACAAUUCGCUUUUAGGAAUUAAAAUUAUUGAAUUAGAUUUUUUAAAAUAUUGUAAAUAAAUUUUCAUUCUAUGCUUCACAUUGAGGCCAGUCCAUAUGGAAACAAUUUUUUUUUGUCAAAAAAACACAUAUAAUAUCUACUUGUGCUUUGCAUUAGAUUUACCCGAAAAACACAUUUAGAUUUUAUAGGCAAUAAUACAAGAAAAUUGAUUUGAUUUGAUUCGAAUUUAUUUAAGUAAUUAAUAUCUAUUAAAAUCUAUCGAACUGAGUGCAAAAAA